AUGAAUGACCAAAAUAGCAUGUUUAUUGACCCAGUUCUUGCAACUCCAGAAAAGGGGAGCCAAAAAAAUUGCAACUGCCGCAACUCACGCUGCUUGAAGCUGUAUUGCGAAUGUUUUUCCUCAGGUGAGUAUUGUAAAUCCUGUAAUUGUGCUGAUUGCUAUAACAAUCCACAAAAUGAGCUUUACAGAACUAAAGCUAUCCAUAGCACUUUAGAAAGAAAUCCAAAUGCAUUCCGGCCGAAAAUUGGUUUAGGGAUAUCUAUUGACGUAUCCCAUUCAAGGGGCUGCUCUUGUAGGAAAUCGAACUGUUUAAAGAAAUAUUGCGAGUGUUUUCAAGGCGGAGUUGUAUGCACUGGAAAUUGCAAAUGUAAAGAAUGCAAAAAUUUAGACUGUUAUACUGAUAUGAAAAUGCAUAAAAAACAAAAAAUUUAUACACCUCCAGAAAGAACUCAAGAAGAAGCAAGAGAACUCAAUGCGAAAAUUCUAGAAGGUGCUGAAAAGUAUAGGAAUUUUAUUGUGGAGUGUAUACAAGAUGUGGAAAUCAAAAUUGAGGGGCAAGACAUGCUGAUUUGUAGCGAAGAAGUUUUAGCUUGCGAAACUGAAGAUUUAGAUGAAGGCCUUACUCCUCAGUGAGCGAACAGAGGCAUUGAGAAAAAAAAUUGGGCAAAAGCCAAUCCUAUGUGAGCCAUGAAAAAAUUUUUAUGAAAUAAUAGUUGAUAUAUAACUCAUAGUUAGUAUAAUGAAUUCUUUAGCUAAUUCUGCUUAAUUUUAAAAAGUUUACAUUUUAAAAACAUAGAUUUUACAAAAUUAAAUUAACUUUUGCUUUCCAAUUUUUGCGAAUUGGGGUUUUUAAAUUCGAAAAAAAUAGCAUACCUAUUUCCCUCUUUUAGAUUCCCAUAUGCAACUUUUUCUUUUUCCAGCUCAAUUUUGACUUUGUCAACCAUUUUUGCCUUGCCAAUUAUUUUUGGCAUUUCUGCGAGAAGAGCUUCAAUUACCCAAACACACGCUAGCCAUGGCAAAAAAGCGCAAUUGUUAACUUCUGCUCUAAAAAAGCCAAAAUCAUCAGCGCUUAAAAUCAAGCCCAAUUUCUCGGGCUAUAUAAAUUUAUAUUAAAUUUUUAAAAUCAACUCCUCUGUGCACGAACAAAAGGUUUGUUCACUCACAGAGGGGUGGAGUUAGUAAGAAAAAGAACUUCACUUAUUCGUCAGCUUAUGAAGCCAAAGAAACAGCAAUUUAUGAGAAAUUACUAAAAUUUUUAACAGUAACUCAAGAUGACUCAUCAUCUUAUCAUUCUAUGGAUAACCAGAAACUUGAAUGUUAA